AUGUGGUUAUUUAUCGUCUUCCUAAUCGGAGCGGAUAUUUUCGUGAUAGCCGAAAACUUCGAAGACGAAACGAAAGAUGGAAAAUUGUCGAGAAAAAUUUUGGGCCAGAGUGUCGUUACAUCAGUAUCUGUAGUAAUGGACAUAGGAAAUGGAUCGAAAACAAUCUUUACAGAUACCGUAGGAAAACCGGUAGAGAAACCUUCCAGCUCCUCGGAAUUAGCCAGUCCAAUAAACUUGCUAAACCCGGACCGCUACGAAUUCUACACGUUCGACGACAGCGGUAAUUUAGUGAGAAGGCUAAUGUCUCUGGAGGAAAUCAAAGGGAUAAUAGCGACAGGAGACAGCGACGGGCUGGAGUACGAUUCCACCGUUGCGGAGGCGUACAUACCGGAGAAACGAGUCAACGACGUGCUGAGCAACGUUCAGAACGUGCUGAAGGAGGAAAUGGAGAUACACGGCACUAAGUUCGAUUCGUUUCCCGCAUUGGACACACCGGACGUCUCCGACUCAUGGAAUAUGAUCCUGCCGGCAGUGUUCGGUAACUCCGGAGUGGAUAUUACUCCCGAGAAAGCGCCUCUUCACGUAACGCCUGAUACUAUCAUGGUGGAACCCACGCAACAGCAACCGAGCACCAUUAGUACCGUGCCAUUGACUACUAAAGAACCUACUACGAUUUUAUCUACCAGCUCGACAACUUCACCAACGCCUCCGGCAGAAACUACAGUAGCUGAAGAAGAAGUUUUGACUGAAAGUACUACUAAAGAAUACGUUCCUGUUAGUACCGUUGCUUUGCCUACUGAACCGGAUACUAGUACUAUGUUCACCAUUCAGCCAAUUAAUAAUAAUAGUAAUAAUUCUUUCGAAACCAAGGAAACAGAAACCACCAUGACAACAUUAAAUUCGAAUCCUACUACAGAAAAUAAUGUCGAAAUAACCAUAAAAUCCGUAGAAUCGUCUAUCAAUUGUUCCUCAGUUAAAAACGAAUCUGAUUCUACCACUUUGUUGCCCAUGUUAGACGGUCUCAACUCGAUUUUACAUCAAUUACUGGUCACCCCAAACAUGAAUAGUUUCGAUCACAGCAAGUCUGAGUACAAAGAAAACGUAGAUUUUAUAGAUUUCACCGAAAAAACUGAAUCUACAAUGUACAAAGACACUACAAACACUGUAACAGAAACGAUUUUAACUAAAACUACUGCAAAUGAUAUAGAAGAAAGCACUAACUCUACCACAACAGAAAAACUAGUAGAGAGUACUACCCUGACAUUCUCUACUCAAUACACCACAACUGAAAUUAAUGAAAUUGAUAGAAUCGAUAACAAUCUCGACGAAACCGAUAACAAAACAUCUAACGAGUUUCCAGUAAAAAGUACAAAAAUAGAAAAUGGUACAGAAGAUUACAACAACACCACAACACUACAACAAAUAACAACAACUGAAUACAACACGCCAACAUUUACAACCGAAGGAUUUAACAACGCCACAGUAAAAGUCCCUCUAAUAGACCCCAGCGACUCUUCAACUGAAACUACCAUUACCAGCGACGAUAACACGACCACAUACAAAGACAAUACCAGCACAACCCCAAGCACAACCGAAAUCACUAUACCUAACGACAACAAAAAAGAACCCAAUUGGACUUUAGUACCAACAGUAGCGCCACACAGUGAAGCCACCUUCGGCACACCAGCCAGCAUUUUGCCGCCUUACCCGGAAGCCCUGGACCCGCCGGAGAUGAUCGACUUGAGAGCGGAGCCGCUGAACGGGUUCGGACUGGAAGAGAGCACCGCCGAUUUGGACAAGGAUAUCCAGCAAUUCUCGCAGCUGUACAACGAGCUCGCCUUCGAUUUUUGGAAGAAAACCGCCGACACGGUGAGCCACGCGCGGAGCCUGGUGGUGUCGCCGUUCGGCGCCAUCUCCUCGCUGGCGAUGAUAUUCCUCGGCGCCAGGGGCUCGACCUCGGCCGAGAUGAACGAGAUCCUCAAGCUGGACGACAUGAUCACCUUCAAUCCGCACUUGGUGCUGAAGAACGUCGGCGAAUCGGUGGCGAUCGCGGAGGAAUCCGGUGCGGUAACUGCUUCGUUCGUUAAGGAGCUGUUCAUGUGCCGGAUGAAAGGUAAAUUCCUGCCUUUCUACAGGGAGCGUGUCAAGGCGUUCUACGACGGGUUCGCGGAGGAGAUAAACUUCAAGGAAGUCGGGGACAUCGUUCGCAGAAGAACCAACCUCCAAGUGAAGAAGCACACCGAUGGAAAAAUAGCAGAGUUUCUCACUGAUACAUCUGUGGUUGGAAGACCUCCAUUACUUGCGCUUGGAGUCAACAUUUUUCAGACAGACUGCAGCAGCGCGUAUUCGGACAAUCGAGACGGGGAAAUGCACUUUACAGUUUUGCCAACAAUAAGGCAAAGAAGGCUGGUGCCGAUUCCUGCAGUGCUCUACAAAUACGGUUUCCUGGCGGGUUACGAGCCCAGUUUGGACGCCACAGCCGUUUCCGUAGGCAACAAAAACCACACGACCAGCACAAUCUUCGUAAUGCCCGGACAGCAAGGCGUGCAAACACCCGGAGACGGUUUGUCCAGAUUAGAGAAGAGCUUGGCGGAGAGUUCAUUCAAAAAAGGGGCUUGGUCCAGAUUGCUGAGGUCUUUGAUAGCGCGGCCGGGACUGGAGGUGCAAAUACCGAAAAUCAACCACAGGAGUGUAGUGAACGCCACUGAGGUGUUGAAGCAAAUGGGUUUCGUGGAAUUGUUCAAGAAGGGACAGGCCGAUUUGGUCGGAAUGAAUGGCAUUUCAAAUGAUCUUUAUUUAUCGGAUGUCGUACAAGUUAACCAAUUUACAACUUGCUCAGAAAAGAGGACUGAUCACCAUUCGGAAAUUUAUCCCAACAGUGUUAGGAGAUUCAGAAGUAAUGAAGCCUUAUCCGGAGUGAGGCACUCCGAAUUACCUCUUCCCCUGAGGCCCAGGCAAGCCAGAAAACCGGAGGUCCCGAGACUGAAGUUCGACAGGCCUUUCUUGUACUUCGUCAGGCACAACCCCACUGGAUUGAUACUGCACAUAGGGAGAUUUAAUCCGAGGCUUUUACCGUAA